CACACACAGUGCACGCCGCUGCGUUUGCUUUGCUUCUUGUCUGUUACAGCAGCAAAGAGCAUUCACAUCAAGCCAGCAAGCGAGCAAAAGCAAGCACACAGACACCCACCCCCACACAAAGCGCAGGGAUGGCGGCGUUUGACCGGUUUGGCAUGAUGCCGGAAAUCAUGGAGGCGACGCAGCACCUCGGCUGGGAGCUUCCCACAGACAUUCAAGCCGAGGCCGUGCCUCUCAUCUUGGGCGGUGGUGACGUGCUCAUGGCGGCCGAGACAGGCAGCGGCAAGACUGGCGCCUUCUGCAUGCCUGUGAUUCAGAUUGUUGCGGAGACACUGAGGGCUGGCACGCGCACGAGCACGGCCGCCGCCACCGCUGCGCCGCGUCGUGCCGGUCGCAUGAGCGUGGCCACGCGCGAGGCGAACUUCGCUGUCAGCGCCGACGGCCUGCUGUGCCAGAGCCGCGCCGAGUUCCAGUGGCAGGGCGGCCGGGGCGAACUCGCAGCCACAAAAGGUGCAGUUGUCAAGAACGGGGUGUAUCUUGGCGAUGCGUACGAGAUCCCAUCGUCUCUUCGUGGACAGCCGCUCUUUCCUGCGUGCACCGUCAAGAACGCAGAGCUCAAGUUCAACUUUGGCGCACAGCCCUUCAAGCACAGCCCACAGGGUGGCUUCAAAGCGAUGAACAAUCAGCCAGACGCAAACGUCACAACCGCCACCGCUGCAGGUGGGGCGAGCGACACAUGGAAGAAGUCCAAGGGCCCUGUGGCCCUCAUCCUGGAGCCAUCACGUGAACUCGCGGAGCAAACGCGCGACCAGAUCCGUGCGCUGUCGUCGUUCAUCAAAGACGUGCGUGUGCGGGACUGCCUGAUGAUUGGUGGCACCAAUGCCCGGGACCAACUCAAGGCCCUUGAGCGCGGUGUUGACGUCGUUGUUGGAACACCGGGCCGCAUCGAGGACUUUGUCAAGACAGGAAAACUCGACCUCAAUCGCGUUCGCUUCUUCAUUGUGGAUGAGGUUGACGCCCUCCUCUCCCAGGGCCACGAACAGCUGCUCGAGCGACUCUACAACAAAAUGCCGAAGCAAACGGCAGGAAACCGCCUCCAGAUGGUUGUGUGUUCUGCAACGCUCCAUUCGCCAGCCGUGAAGAAGCUUGCAGACAAGCUCAUGUACCACCCGGUUUGGGUUGAUCUCAAGGGUCUCGACUCUGUGCCGGACACCGUCCACCACGUCGUCGUGCGCGUCGACCCAAAUGCAGACAAGUCGUGGCAGAAGAAGCCUGCUGCGCUGCGAACGGACGGCGUGCAUGCGGGUGACAACACGCGACCAGCGAAUAUGACAGCAGAGACGACGAGCGAGGCAAUCAAGAUCCUUAAGUUCAUGUACACGCUCAAGGCGAUCGACGCACACAACAUGGAACAGGUGAUUGUGUUCUGCCGCACGCGUCUUGAUUGCGACAACCUGGAGAAGUAUCUUCAAGCGCAGGACAGCCCCGGCCCCGCCCACAAGUACCCAACGCGCUGUUUGCACGGCAGCCGCGGUCCCGAGAGGCGGCAGAACCUCGAGGCAUUCAAGAAUGGCGAGGCGCGCAUCCUCAUCUGCACGGACGUGGCGGCGCGCGGGAUUGACAUCACGGGCAUUCCGUAUGUCAUCAACGUCACGCUCCCCGACGAGAAGGAGAACUACGUGCAUCGCAUUGGCCGUGUUGGGCGAGCAGACCGCAUGGGACUCGCAAUCUCCCUCGUCGCAACAACACAGGAGAAGGUGUGGUAUCAUACGUGCCCAUCGAAGGGCAAGGGCUGCCACAACACGCGGCUCAAGUCCCAGGGUGGAUGCACCAUCUGGUACGACGAACCGCAGCUGCUGGCUGACAUUCAGGAGCACCUUGGUGUUGUCAUCCCAACAUCUGAUGCGUCCUUCAAGAUUGAGCGAUCAGAGUUUGACGGGAAGGUUGUGUAUGGUGAGAAGCGCAACGCGAAUGCAUACGCGUUCAAAGGCCACGCUGAUCUGUUGGCGCCGUCCGUCGCAGAGCUCUCCGACCUCGAGGCCCGCGCACAGACGUCGUUUCUGGAGCUGCAGUACAAAGGCACGGCGCGUGUGUGACUGAUGUGAACACACCACCACCACCACCACCACCACCAC